AUGACAACCAGGUCUUUGUGCAGACCUACUCUUCUGCGCCACUGGUGAUAACCGUGUUUCCUGGAACGCAAGAGGUGGUUGUGCCAUGCCGAGUUACUUCUCCUGAUGUCAAUGUCAAGCUUCAGUUGUUACACUCUGCCACAUUUUCCUAUGGAAGCCAAAACUGGAAUCCCAGGAAAGGCUUCAUUGUGACCCGACCCUCUUACCACUUCUACAGCACCAUGCUCCAGUGUAUUGCCGAAGUUAAUGGGAAGACACAGAAGUCAUUCUAUCUCCCACAGCGUCUGGAAACCAAGAGAGAAAAUAUCUCCAUCAGAUACAACCACCAGAAACUUCUCAUAGGAGAUACCCUUUUCCUGCAAUGUGUUGCAGAGACCACAUUCAAUGGACGAAUCAAACUGAACUGGGUAUUCAAUCGGCAAGAUUCCAAGACAACACCCAGGUGCUGUGAAAUUAAAAGAAAAUUGUACCAAGGAUCCCCUGUGUACAAGAGUUAUAGUAACUUGACCAUUUGGAAUGUAACUAUGGAAGACAAUGGUUUGUACAUUUGCAGGGAAGAAAACAAUACUGCCCUGCAAGCCAACAUCACCAUCAUAGUGUACAAAAAACCAUUCCUCAAUGUGAGCUACAAGAGAAGUCGCAUCUAUGAGGUGACAGCUGGACAAAGUAUGCUCAAAAUGGGAGUAAGAGUGGAUGCUUUUCCUCACCCCAAUGUAACCUGGUUCAAGGAUGGAAAACCACUCCUAGUAAACCAUACCAUUCAACUUGACCCUGUCAAGUACAAACUCACAAUCCUGGAAGUGAAUGUAAAGCACGCGGGGAACUACACUUUUGCUCUGAGCAACAGCAAGCAUGGACUCUACAAAAACCUCACCAUACAACUGAUUGUCAAUGAAAAACCCAAGAUCUACGAGAAGGAUACAGAUUUGAAGAACAUUCAGCCAAUACUCCUAGGCAGUGAGAACAUCCUUCGCUGUACAGCAAGUGGCCUGCCUGUGCCCUCCUUUAUGUGGGCUUGGGAGCCCUGCAGCCAGAAAGAUGAUCUGUGUAUGGAACGAGGCAAGCGGAUCCAGCUUUCUGAUGAGACUCUGAAAAAUUAUCUCCCUAUAGGCAACAGGAUCCUGUCCAUUGAAGAUAUGGUAGUGACAAAUGGAGAAAAAACAAAG